AUAUCUGACGUAAAGUAACCAAACACAACACUCCAAUUUUUCAUUAUCAUGUUAGAAUUUUACGAAAGGUAUUAAGUAAUCACUAAAAUCUAACCCAAGCGAAUAAAGAAGCUACAAAAAUGGAUGUUUUCUUAAUGAUCCGAAGAAAAAAGCUCACCAUAUUCACGGACGCCAAGGACACAACGACUGUAUUAGAACUGAAACGUAUCAUUGAAGGCAUUUUAAAGGUUGCUACAAAAAAUCAACAACUUUAUAAUAAAGAUAAUGUUGUAAUGGAGGAUGAUAAGAUGUUACAAGAGUACGGGUUAACUUCAACGACUGCAAAAGCUCAGAGUCCGGCUACGAUUGGUUUGGCGGUUCGCGAUGAUGAUGGACCUUACGAGCAUUUGGAAUUGACGCCAUAUUCAGCCCCACCUGAUCUACCAGAUGUGAUGAAAUCCCAGGAGAGUAACGGACAGGAACAAUCUGCUUAAAAAAUUGAUGAAAACGUAAAAGAGAUUUAAAAAUAAGCAGCACUUUGCUCGCAUAUUCUACCAUGACGUUAAUUUAUUUAGUUUUUUUUUGUUUUAGGUAAAAUCUUUCACUUUCAAUACUUCCCCUUUUAAAGAUGUAGAAUAAACACUACAUUUUUGUUUUGUUUAAUUUUAAUAUUGCUUAUAAUCAUAAAUCUAAU